AUAACAAAAUAAAGUUUUUAAAUGUGAAAAUUCUUAUUUAAAUCCGAUAUUUAUUGGAAUUUUGUUAUAAACAAUAGAAUCUGUCGUUUAAUGUGUUAUUUAUGUUGAACAAUCCUACUUUAAUAAGGGUUACAAACCUUAUUUGCCAUAGUUUCUUUGUUUGAGAAGGCCUGAUUUUGAAAAUGAAUACUUUGAGUGCAAAAUUCAAGGAUUUUUUCCUGAAUUUGAAAACUGAUGCCGUGCCGCGGCCCCCGAGGAAUCGGCCAGUAGACCAGGAAACGCGACCUGAGGAAAACAAUGAAAACUACGACCCUAAUAAUGAAGAAGAACCUGAAGUUAUUGUCAUUGAGGAACCGGACGAUGAUUUGAAGAAAGAGAAAAAUAAGAAAUCGAAACCCAAUAAAGACUUUUCCAAAGAGGAAACUAAAGGAGGAAAACCCUAUAAACAGGAGAAAAGGAAAAGUGAUUGCACAGUGAACACACAAGCAACGGGUCAUGUGAUUAACAUAGUGAACUCCAAAGAUGUCCGUUGGGGCGACGACUACUACAUGGGCUCAGCUAAACCACCCUCCAACAAGACCGUGGACCCCGAAGAGGAGGGGGUGGAGAAAUGUAAUCUUAUCACCUUACUCAUGGAGUCUAAGCAAAAACCCAUACUACACGAGUACUUGGACCAGAUAUCGGGGAAUUUGGGCAAGAACUGGUAUGGUCUGUUCAUAUCGCUGGGCUUCCUGAAGGGGAAGAUUGAGACCAUGGAGAUUAAUACACGCGAUUAUGGAGUCACAGAGGCGCGCUACAAGUUGUUGCUGGACUGGACGAACAACGAUGAUGACGGUACGCUCGGCGGCUUGACGCAGAAGCUCUGGGACCACGGAGAUCGAGCGCUCGUCAAACAACUCGCCAUAAUGUACAACAAGAACAAGUAACGAU